CCCGGAAGCGGCGCGGGCCGGGCCCGGACGGAGCCGUGUCCCCGCUCCGGGCCGUGUCCCCGCUCCGUCACUCGCGGCCCCUCUGGGCCCCGCGGGGUCCGGGAAGGCCCGCGCAGCCUGCGCUCGACUCCAGCUGUCGGAAGGCUUGUCCUGCCCGCUAGAAGGGAUCGCUGUUCAGUAGCGCAUCGUUUGGUUUGUACAGGCGCCUAAAGAUGAACGCCAAGACGGCCAUAGAUCGAAUUAUGGGCAAGGGGGGGCUAAAGUCGGGCAACUCCAGAGCUGACAGCGGGCUCGAGAAGGGUAAGCAGGAGGGCGCUGCCCCGCGGAAAUCCAUGGAGGAGGUGGCGGCAGGCAGAGUGACGGAGCCGGAGAGGAGCGGGCUCCUGCAGAAAAUACUUUCCCUUGAGAAAGAAAAAGAAAAAUACAAUCACCUUCUUGGAGAGAAGGACAAAGAAAUCCAAAACCUGAAAGACAAGCUCAGGUCCAAAACCAAGAACAGUGAAGUCUCCUUAUUACAAAAUCAACUAGAGGAAAAAACAAAGGAAGCAGAAAAGAGAGAACAGUUACUUUGUUCUCUAUCAGAAGAAAUGAACCGGUUAAAAUGUAAUUUAUCUGCAGCCAUGGCAAAAUGCUCUGAUCUUGAGAACAAAACCAGUAGUACUUCUCAGGCAGCCCAGGAAGGUGCAACAAACAGCACUGAAGUUGAAAGACAAUUGAAAGAUGCUCUUGAGAAAAACCAGCAGUGGCUACUGUAUGACCAGCAACGGGAAGCAUAUGUCAGGGGAUUGCUUGGAAGGAUCUUUGAACUUGAACAGAAGACAGAAAUAGUUAGCUGGCAAGAACCUAGAUCAAAUUCAGAAGGUCAUCUACAAAGGGAAAAGCAAGAAUACCAUGACCAGCUGUUACUAGCUGCUAGGAAUGAUCAUGAGACUGAAAGACGCACUAUAACCCAGCUGAGAUUUGAACUUGAUGAACUUAAAAAGACAUACGAAGAAACACAAGGGGAAAUGAUGAGUUUAAAUGCCUUAUUGCAGUCACAACGGGUUGCUGAAUUGAAGACUCAAGAAAAUGAAAAUAAAAUGAAAGAGGAAGCACAAAGACUAAAACAAGAAAAUGAAACUAUCAAAGAGCAGCUCAGAGAAGAAAAAGAAAAGUCUGAGGAACUUUUAUGUCAGGUGCAACUUCUUCGUAAAUCAUUGCUCAGACAGGAGGCAGAACACACAAGAAUAGCUUUGUUGGAACAACAGUUUUUCACUUUGUUGGGCUGCCAGAUCCAGAUAUGCACCACGGACUUAGAGAAUGGAAAGCUUGAUCGCCAGAACUUGAAGCAUGAGUUAAACCAUGUUCUCAAGGAGUUGCGCAAGGCCAAGGAGAAAAUAACCCGUCUGGAGCCUCUGAAACUCCGAGAAUCUGGACAUAUGGAAUCACAAGAAGAUUUGCAAGCUGUAUUUGACAAGAAGCUGACCACAUAUGACAGAAGUCCUCCCCUGAAACAUUCCAGCUGCCUUGAUGAAAGUUUUCUCGAGUGUCCCAGAUGUAAAGUGCCAUAUCCAACGAGCCAGCAUAGAGAAUUACUAGCACACAUUGACUUCUGUACAGCUUGAGCUCCAAAUGAACUUACUAUUUUUGCUUCAUA